AUGCGGCAAGCGGAAGAACCAUUGGAUCCCAAAUACGAGAUCAUCGAAUGCGAGUCCCUCGGCACGAAAGUACGCAACAUCAAGCGAUUCUAUGUGUUGAAUCCCACAUCUGACUCCUACGAGUUCAAUUGGAUACAAGAAGAGCCAGAGAAAAAAGAGCAAGCAACAACACUCUCCCAUCCAUUCCGCUGCUUGACCAAGCGUGGUACAAUCCUGCCGGGGAAGAAGUUUGAGAUGCUCUUCGAAUACUUGCCAACGGACCCGGAGACCUAUGAAUCACGCUGGGUCUUCUCAGUUCCUGCCAAGCAGGCUUCACAACCAUUUCUGCUUGUGGGCACGGUGAAGGAACCAAGGGUGGGCUUCGACGUCCCUUGCAUCAAGUUCAAACGGCUGCUUUUGGGUGCGAAGAUGACCGAGAAGGUCAACCUCAUCAACCAGGAAAAUCUUCCGUUGAACUUCUCCUUUGAACGUGCUGCAGGGCAUCCAGCGCUCAAGCUAAAUCCAAAGACUGGAGUCAUUCCACCAGGUGAGUCCUUCCCGGUGGAAGUGAGAUUCUCUCCGAAUGAGGAGAAAUUCUACAACUUGAAUGUUGUUUGCACGGUGAAGCGGAAGCAGAAGCCAGUCUUGCUGAACAUUAAGGGUGAAGGCUAUAGAAUACAUACCAAGCUGGUGGUGGAAGAAGGUGAGGAAGGCAGAGAAUUGCGAAAUGGAGUCAAGGAGCUCUUGGACUUUGGAGAAGUGCAGGCGGAGGAACGACGAAGCUUCACGUUGAAACUGAGCAGUCCAAGCCCACCAGGGCCUCGCUUUGAUGAUGAUCAGUUGCCGGCACGCUACUAUUUUGUGUGGCAGAUGCGCAAUUCCUUCGGGCGGGUAGUGCUCCCACAAUCCGACGCGCCUCCAUAUUUGACCAUCACGCCGGAGCAGGGUGUCAUCACCCAGGACAGCGAAACGGCAAUCAUCGUAGAGUACUCGCCAAUGGAUGUGCACAAACUUGAUGGUGCUUCACUGCAGAUGCGCAUUCCAUCAGGUCCUGAGGACACCGGCUACACCUUGUCGCUGUUUGGACAUUCUUUCAGGCCACCCAUAGAACCGAGCCAACCUGCAGAGCCCGGACCAGUUGAUGAAGGCUUGAUGUAA